UAGCACUUAGCCAGGCAACCCUUUCGGGAGCAAGGUUCACCUGUCGCACAACGGGUGUCAGCCGGUCGAAUCCCAUAAGCCAAUAGGCAUUCAAGAAUGGGCCACUUCGGUGAGGCGUUUGAAAGAUUGGUCCUUUUCACUUCACCGGUCAGGGGCCAAUUGCGGAGCAUCCUCCAUGUUGUGGGCCCGCCCAUGGGCGGGGGAUGAGCGGAAAAUCGUCACAGUGCGGGCGUAUUGUUACCUAAGGACUCGACAGGAGGUGGGAUGUGUUGAUUGACAGGCAUAUUUCACCUACCGGGUUCAGAGAAUUUGGCACAAUGGCCCGCCUUAGGGGUGGGGCCUCGUUUGAUUGCCAAGUAGAGUUCCCCAAUAGUAUUCAAGCUCGGGGUAACGGGCAGGCUGACUGACUAAUGAGUCCUCGGCGUGGCCGGCUCAGUUCUCCAAUCGCCGAGCGGCGGGCCCCAGUCUGAGCGGCGAUGGCGGCGGCGGCGGCGGCAGCAGCAGCGGGGGCUGCGGGCGGUCGGGGCUCCGGGCCGGGGCGGCGGCGCCAUCUUGUGCCCGGGGCCGGUGGGGAGGCCGGGGAGGGGGACCCGGGGGGCGCAGGGGACUACGGGAACGGCCUGGAGUCUGAGGAGCUGGAGCCUGGGGAGCUGCUGCCGGAGCCCGAGCCUGAAGAGGAGCCGCCCCGGCCCCGCGCCCCUCCGGGAGCUCCGGGCCCUGGGCCCGGCUCGGGAGCCCCCGGCAGUCAGGAGGAGGAGGAAGAGCCGGGACUGGUUGAGGCCGACCCCGGGGACGGCGCCAUUGAGGACCCGGAGCUAGAAGCGAUCAAAGCUCGAGUCAGGGAGAUGGAGGAAGAGGCUGAGAAGCUAAAGGAGCUACAAAACGAGGUAGAGAAGCAGAUGAAUAUGAGUCCACCCCCAGGCAAUGCUGGCCCAGUGAUCAUGUCUCUUGAGGAGAAGAUGGAGGCUGAUGCCCGUUCUAUCUACGUUGGCAAUGUGGACUAUGGUGCAACAGCAGAAGAGCUGGAAGCCCAUUUUCAUGGCUGUGGUUCAGUCAACCGUGUUACUAUACUCUGUGACAAAUUUAGUGGCCAUCCCAAAGGGUUUGCAUAUAUAGAGUUCUCAGACAAAGAGUCAGUGAGGACGUCCCUGGCCUUAGAUGAGUCCCUGUUUAGAGGAAGACAAAUCAAGGUGAUUCCCAAACGAACCAACAGACCAGGCAUCAGCACAACAGACCGGGGUUUCCCGCGUGCCCGAUACCGUGCCCGGACUACCAAUUACAACAGCUCCCGAUCUCGAUUCUACAGUGGUUUUAACAGCAGGCCCCGGGGUCGAAUCUACAGGGGCCGGGCUAGAGCGACAUCAUGGUAUUCCCCUUACUAAAAAAAGUGUGUAUUAGGAGGAGAGAGAGGAAAAAAAGAGGAAAGAAGGAAAAAAAAGAAUUAAAAAAAAAAAAAGAAAAACAGAAGAUGACCUUGAUGGAAAAAAUAUUAAAAAAAAAAAAAAAAAAGAUAUACUGUGGAAGGGGGGAUCCCGUAACUAACUGAGGAGGGACCUGCUUUGGGAGUAAGGGAAGGCCCAGGGCGUGGGGCAGGGGCUACAUAUUCCCUCUGGGGAUUCGUCAUGGACACAUCUCAACUGUGCAAGCUGCUCCCUGUUUCCCUGCUCCCCUUCAUCCUCUCUGGGCCUGCUCAAGGGUAGGUGGGCUCGGGUGGUAGGAGGGCUUUUUUUUACCCAGGGCUCUGGAAGGACACCAAACAGUUGAGCUUGUUUCCUCGUCUUCUCCCUGCCUUCUGCAGUCCCUGCCUGCCUGCUCCUGUCCUACCAGGUCUCCCUCCGCCUACCCUGCCCUUCUUUCCUCCGGCUCCCUGCCCCUCCAGUUUGCCUGGUGAUCUAUUUUGUUUCCUUUUGUGUUUCUUUUUCUGUUUUGAGUGUCUUUCUUUGCAGGUUUCUGUAGCCGGAAGAUCUCGCUCCCAGCGGCUCCAGUGUAAAUUCCCCUUACCCUUGGGGAAAUGCACUACUUUGUUUUGGGGAGUUUGGGGGUGUUUUUGUUUUUCAGGUGUUUUUGUUUUGUUUUAUUUUUUUUUUCUUUACUUUUUUUUUCCCUUUUAUUUGGAGGGAAUGGGAGGAAGUGGGAACAGGGUGGCGGGCGGGUGGCUUUUGUUUAUUUUUUUUUUAACUCAUUUCCAGGGGAUGGGAAUUUUUUUUUUAAAUAAUGUGUCAUGAAUAAAGUUGUUUUAUGAAAAAAUUGUUUGGCCCUUUGGCUGU